AUGACGGGCCUGCACCUGGACGCGGGCGGCGCCAUGGGCGACUUCCUGCUGACGUUUGACGCCGGAAAGGGUGGUGGUGGAGGUGGCAGCGUGGGCGACGAAGACAUUGACACACUCAUCACGGACGAGUUUUUGAGCGCGCAACUGCAGACUACGGAACCGAUUCUGCAGCCGUUUGACUUUAAUCACCCCCCUGGGAUGAGUUGA